AAUUUUAAUAUUUUUGAUUGGUGUGUGUGUUGGUGUGUCUCUGGCUAUCGUCUUUUGGUUCCACGCAUGCGCUUUUGCAUCCUUCCGACAUCUUGCUUCAUCAGUGACCUUGCAGUGCUUCACAGGCUAACAUUUUGAUUAUAAAAUGGCACCACCAAGCUAUGCUGACCUUGGCAAAGCAGCUAGGGACUUGUUCUCCAAGGGCUACAACUAUGGGUUUUUUAAGUUGGAAGCCAAAACAAAGACAGACAGUGGUGUUGAGUUCACCACAAGUGGAAGCUCUAGCAGCGAUACAGGGAAAGUUAUUGGCAAUCUGGAGACUAAAUACAAGUGGUCAGAUUAUGGUCUCACAUUUACAGAGAAGUGGAAUACUGACAAUGUUCUAAACACAGAAGUCACCAUUGAGGAUCAAAUUGCUCAGGGACUGAAACUUGCUUUUGACACCUCUUUUGCACCACAGACAGGGAAAAAGAGUGGUAAGAUCAAGACCGGUUACAAGCAGGACUAUGUCAACAUUGGUGCCGAUGUUGACUUCGACUUUGCUGGGCCCACAAUCCAUGGAGCAGCUGUAUUAGGAUAUAGCGGAUGGCUGGCUGGCUACCAGAUGUCAUUUGACACAUCUAAAUCUUCACUUUCCAAAAGCAACUUUGCUGUUGGCUACACAUCAGGCGACUUCACGCUUCACACCAGCAUCAAUGAUGGUCAGGAGUUUGCAGGGUCAAUCUACCAGCGGGUCAAUUCUCAGCUUGAGACUGCUGUCAACUUGUCGUGGACCUCUGGCACAAAUGCUACCCGCUUUGCAUUAGGUGCUAAAUACACUAUUGACAGCAAUACCUCAUUCAGUGCAAAAGUGAAUAACUCCAGUCAGAUUGGUCUUGGAUAUACCCAAAAGUUGCGAGAUGGUGUAAAAUUGACUCUCUCUGCAUUGAUAGAAGGAAAGAGCAUCAACCAGGGUGGGCACAAAGUGGGCUUGGGACUUGACCUUGAGGCUUAACCACACCUGACCUCAUCUUAGCAACACAGUCCUGCGAGUUUGGCAGCCUAUGAAUGCCAUAUGGGUAUAAGACCCAUUCUGUUCAUCUGGACAUUGUCAGAAUAUUUACCAAAUACUUUUGGCUAGCUGUCAACAGGUUGGCAUCCAUAUUGGGCCUUGAUCAACAGGCAGGUCAUAAGGCACUAAUAGCUCUUGACAGUGGACGAAGGAAAUUCUUUUGAUUUUAUUCUUCGGAAUUGUUUUUUUUUAUUUUUUUGGUGCCGUUAGCAUAUGCAGAUUCAUAGGCUUUGAAUUAGAAACUAUACAUUCUUAGGAAGGUGAAGUACGUCAGUAAUUUUGCUAAUGUUUGUAGCCCUUGAUUACAGUGUGCCUCUCGAUCUGAAUGUCAACUGCGACAUUGUGCUAUCAAUUAUGUGAUGCUCUGUGUACAUGGCUCUAUGUAUACACGAUGAAGAUUAAACUUUGUGAAUCAAAAA